AUGUCAUCGAGGACGCAGCGAGGGGGAAAAAACUCUGUUGCGUUUGGUGAUGGAACAUUUGCUAAACGUCGUCCUGAUUUGCGCUUCAUUGAGAAACUCGUGUCUGGGAAUGAAGGAAAAACAAGGUUCUUCUCCUUUUUCCCGGCGGAAAAACAGUGGUUAAUGAUGAAUUGCUGUCUGAAAUACGUCUCCGUCGUGUACAACACAACUUCAUCUUGGGAAAAUUUCCCUUUCCGCUUCAACUUUCCGUUCAAAAACGACGAAUUCUCGUUCCAUAUUUCUGUAUCCCAGAUGCUGAAAUGUAAAUCUCUCGUAAUUGAGCCUUGCGCUGCUUACAUAUGCGUUUCAGAAAGAAGGAACGAGAAUGAAACAUUGCACUAA